AUGGCUGGCUUCUGGCAGGUGAUCCUGGCCUUUAGGAAAUACCUGAUCAUAGUGCUUGUACCCCUUGUGUUUCUUCCUCUGCCUCUGGCUAUUCCUACCAAGGAGGCAGAAUGCGGUUAUGCUAUCAUAGUGAUGGCAUUGUAUUGGUGCUUGGAAGCUUUGCCGUUAGCUGUCACAGCUCUCUUGCCUGUCAUCCUGUUCCCGAUGAUGAAGAUCAUGGAUUCAACAACAGUCUGCCAGGAGUAUCUGAAGGACAGCAAUAUGCUUUUCAUUGGAGGACUGUUAAUGGCCAUUGCUGUUGAGAAAUGGAACCUCCACAAGCGUGUUGCUCUGCGGGUCUUGCUUAUCACUGGUGUCAGACCAGCCCUGCUUCUCCUGGGUUUCAUGGUUGUGACUGCCUUCCUGUCGAUGUGGAUCAGCAAUACUGCCACCACUGCCAUGAUGGUCCCAAUAGCACAAGCUGUGUUGGACCAGAUGCACAAGUCAGAGAUGGAGUCUACCGCAGCUGGUCAAGAGCAUGAAAAUGUCAAUAAAGGCUUUGAGCUGCAGGAAACGCCAGCUACAACAGAUAAUGUCAAAGAACAAAAUGAAAAAGGUAAUAGUCACAUCCUGACAGUUGAAGAAGACAGAAAGAAAAAUGAACAUCAGCUAGAGAAACACAAGAAAUUAAGCAAGGGAAUGUCUCUCUGUAUUUGUUACUCAGCCAGUAUUGGAGGAAUUGCAACUCUGACUGGGACAACAACAAAUCUGGUACUGCAGGGACAACUUAAUCAGCUCUUUCCUGAGAAUGGCAAUGUGGUAAACUUUGCCUCUUGGUUCUCCUUUGCCUUCCCCAUCACGGUUUUGUUGCUGCUUUUUGCAUGGAUUUGGCUCCUGAUACUGUACCUGGGCUUUAAUUUUCGGAAGAGUUUUGGUUGUGCUGCAGAUGCCACUACAAAGGCUAAAGAGAAACUGGGCUAUAACAUUAUCAAGGAAGAGAGCAAGAAAUGUGGCUCAAUGAAAUUUGGAGAAAUAGCAGUUUUGACCCUCUUCAUACUGCUGGUACUGCUCUGGUUUACAAGAGAGCCUGGUUUCAUACCAGGCUGGGCAACAGUUCUUUUCAACAAAAAUGACAGCUACGUCACCGAUGCUACAGUUGCCAUGUUCAUUUCACUCCUGCUGUUCAUCAUCCCUGCCAACAUUGAUUAUGCUGACCAUGACAGCCAACACACAGGUGGCAGGUCAAGGAUCCGAGCACCUCCAGCUCUGCUGGACUGGAAAACAGUCCACGAGAAGAUGCCAUGGAACAUUCUGUUUCUGCUGGGAGGAGGCUUUGCCUUAGCCAAAGCCAGUGAGGAAUCUGGUCUGUCUACAUGGUUAGGCAAUCAACUGUCUCCUCUGGAGAAAAUCCCUGCCCCAGCUAUUGCUUUAGUGAUGUGUCUUCUCGUUGCCACUUUCACUGAGUGCACCAGCAAUGUGGCCACCACCACCCUCUUUCUCCCUAUUCUGGCUUCAAUGUCUCAAGCAAUCUGCAUCCACCCACUCUAUGUCAUGCUGCCCUGUACACUUGCUGCAUCGUUUGCAUUCAUGCUCCCGGUGGCCACUCCUCCUAACGCCAUUGUCUUCUCCCAUGGACAACUCAAGGUUAUAGAUAUGGCCAAAACUGGGUUUCUACUCAACAUCUCAGGAAUUCUGACAAUAACUCUAGCCAUCAACACCUGGGGUUCAUCUUUGUUUAACCUGCAAACUUUCCCAUCUUGGGCAAAUGGGACAGGAACAUGCUCAUAA